AGAGAGGAAGAGAGGAGAGUUUGAAUCUGCAGGCUGUUCUGUUGAAAACAGUUUUACCCUAAAAAGGAAAAAAGCUGUAAAGAAGCUGCAGCUGAGAGAAUCCACAGGGAAUUUAUCUCUGCCUGCUCAGUUCUUUAACCCGUUUAAAGGAACCUCAAACAGCACAGGGUGUUAAUUCUUAUAGAUUCAGCUCUGAAAUGGAUACUGCUGCUCAUUAGUCUCCCCUUGGGUAUAAAACUGGCCGGUCAGUUGGAGGAACAAAGCUGCAGAGGAACAGCAGAAAUCUUUGUUCAGCGGUGGAACGAUAAGAGAAACGGCCGAGUCGAGAAUGUGUCCUGUCUGGCUAUUGGUGGCUGUGACGGUUGUGAGCGUGGCCAGCGGAGCUGUCAAUCAGUGCUGGGGGCAUCGGAGAUGUCAGGAGGUCAACACUGGGAGCAGCAUGAUGGAGUGUAUCCAGAUCUGCAGGUACAACUUUACCACUGAGCCGUCAGUCGUCCCGGGCGAUGGUCAUCUCCAACCUCCUUCUCUGUCGGACCCAGAGUCUCUGCCUCCCCUCUCUCUUUUACCUUCCUCCCACCCUCAAGCCAAGCGCUCCUACUCCAUGGAGCAUUUCCGCUGGGGAAAGCCCGUUGGAAGGAAGCGCCGCCCAAUCAAGGUCUACACCUCCAAUGGCCUGGAGGAGGAGGAGUCAGCUGAGGUUUUCCCUGGAGAGAUGAGGAGGCGGGAACUUGCCCGCGAGAUGAUAUCGGCAGAGGACGAGGAGAAGGUGGCAGAAGAGGCGCAGGAGCGAGAUGUCCACCAGAAAAAAGACGGCACAUACAAGAUGAAGCACUUCCGCUGGAGCGGCCCUCCGGCCAGCAAACGCUAUGGUGGCUUCAUGAAGAGCUGGGAUGAACACAGCCAGAGACCACUGCUCACGCUCUUCAAAAACAUCAUCAGCAAAGAUGGACAGGAGCAGACGAGAGAGCAGUGAGCGGAAUUGUCUCAAUUAAUGGUUUAGUCUAUAAAAUAUCAGACAAAAGUAAAACAUUUCCGGCGAUACAAAACAGUAAACACAGCUGACAUUUCUGCUUGUAAAGUGACUUGGAAGUUCUUUCUCUCCUGGUUUUCCUUCUCUCUCCUCCUGGUCUUUCUCUCCUCCCCUGUUUGCUCUCUAGGUUCCACCUGCAUGAUUAGUAUUUCACCUGUGACUGGCUGCUUGCACCCAGGAAACCAGAAUAAAAGGCCCACACUUCACAGCACUGUGAAAUACUGUUUGUUAACAGGAGGUAUGUGGAGUGAGGCUGAGAACCACAGGGAAGCUGGGGUACCCUUUACACUAUUUCACUCGUGGUUUUCAGAGGCAGGGCGCGGUCAGGCCUGGUUUUGUUUGAUUGGUUUCAUUUAUUUGGCACAACCUCAUCGGCUCGUCCUCCUCCACAUUGUUGUGAACCCUCUCUGAAUUGAGAGCAAAUAAAAAUAAUUUUGUAUUGUCCACUACUCUGAGAUGUGGCUGUUCUGUUCCCCCAGGGGAUGUAACAGCAGCUAAAACUGU